AGUGAGGUGUUUUUUGUGUCUGUGUUUGUCUGUAUGAAAGAACAAGACAAAGAAAAGAAAGAGAGAACUCUAUUUUGAGACAUCAUGUAUAGACAGAUGCCAGAAACAGGACGUGAGAUGUAAACAGAGAGAUGGGGUUGGGGGGGUUGAAAGACAGAGACAAGAGACUGAAUACACUAGAGACAACCGGAAACUUGUGGUCAAACAGGCAGCGUUCAGCUGCUGAGGCAGCACUGUUAACUCGCUGUUUUUGAAAGCGCUGCUUUUCUUAGAGGGAUCAAGGUUAAUCCAUCACACAAUGUACACAUGUGGCUUGUGGAAUGACCCCUAGCACAAUGUGUGUGUGUGUGUGUGUGUGUGGGAAAAAAAAAAGCGAGAAUGUCAACAGGAAAGACGGCAAAAUUUUACGAGUCAUACUGUAUGUCCAAAAAUAGAAACAGAUCCAAAUACAUUUUGCCGCGAGCCAACUGAACAGGGCUCAAACAGGUUAUGACUCCAACACCUGCACAUGCAAACACUCUCUCCUCUUUCGUCUCUCCGCCUCCCUCUCUCUUCGUCUGUGCUGACACACACCCACACUCACCCUCUCACACUGCUUGUCCCCUAUCACAACCUCAUACCCUCUUACAAGAGGAAAUACACUCAGCAGUGUGUGGCUGUCCUCACUUGCCUCUGCCUCGCUCUUGCUCUCUCUCUCUCUCUCUGUGUCACACGCUUGUUAGUUUCAGUACAGAGAUCGUAGCGUGUGGAUGUAAAUGACCUGCAGGUCCGUGCUUACACAGAACAGGUUGAUAGAACCACAAUGCAUGUGAAACAUGACCAACAAGGCCCCCUGGGAUAACUCAAGCAGUGUGUGCAGCAUGGAGCCAACAGCUGGCUACUCCCCCACAGUUCCAGAGCCAGAACUCUACCGCAGCAUCCAGGCUGUGCUGCCCAGGGACACAGACAGCCAGCAGAAUCCAGACUGUUAUAACAAAGGCAUGCUGAGAUGGACUCUUCAUAAGAAGGUUCAAAACAAUCCUGCCAACAGCUUGUCUCUGGUGUGGGUGCUGAUAAAAGAGCUGGAAAAGGCUGAGAGAUGGGACUCUCGCAAAUGCAUCAUCCCUCUGCUCCACACACUGAUGUAUGCCAUCAUUCAGACAGCCUACAUUCCAGAUGAGCUGUACAAGCGGGUUUAUGACUUUUGUAAGAGACUCCUGACCUACCCUCAUCCCUACUGCACUGUAGGCCUCAGCUACACAAGGCAGAUAAAAACUGAACGCUCCAUUCCAGGUCUGAUGUACCAGAGGAUGGUCACAGCAGAGCAGAGGCUAAAAAAUGAGCACUAUCCCUUUCAGGAGAGGGUCUUCGUUCUUGCUGACCCAGAAGUCUUUGCUGGUUCUUUGGGACAACUCCUGGUGGGAGAUAUUGAGGCGUCCGCUUCAGUUUCAGACUCAAAUAGAUCUCCGAGUCCUCUAGAUCACAUGUGCAGUGUGGUCCAACACUCCAUACAGGCUGCUUUAGGAGCAGAGAAGUGCAACGCACCGAGACUGGCUCAAGCCCUAAAGGACAUGGGUCAAGACGUUGAGUCGCACUUUCAGGAAGUGUUGGCGGCUCUGGAGCAGAGCGCGGAGGAGGGCGGCAGAAGGGAUGGGGGUGCGCUGAGGAGCCGUCUUCAGAGGCUGUACAGCAAGAUCCUCACUGACCCAGACUCAGAGCCAUUGUCCAGUGGACAACUGCGUGACUGCCCUCUUCCUAACCCAGAGAUGAGCUUCCACCUGUGGACCGAGGAUCUGGAUAUCUGGCGAGAGCUGGCCAAGUGGUUUCGAUCCAGCUCCAUGUCGGAGCAGUUCUCCCUCAGCCACGAGCAGGAGGACUUUGAGCUGGGUGAGUCGCCCAGUGACCUGAUGCCGUCUGACAUGACGCGCUUUUCCGUCAUGUCCAAUGACAGCGGCAUUGAAAGAGACCUGCCCCCUGGCUCUGAUCCUUCCCCAUCGUCAUCUCUGGACACUGCCAGCAUGAGUACAUCAUGGGAACAAUGCAAAAGUGAGCAAGAUUCAGCAAGGCUGUCACGGCGUGGAGGCAUCAAGAUGAAACCAUCUGUGAAGGACAGUAUGGCGCUGAUGCAGGACACCCUGGAGGAACACGCAAGUCUCGGAGGAGGAGGUGGAGGGAGGGGUGGAAGAAGAGGGGAGACUCUGCAGAGGCGGGCAGGUGGCAACGCGAUGCAGAACCCCUUCUCCAAGCAGCAGAGACACUUUACUGCCAGGAUAGUCGCCAUGGGAGAUGACAAGGUGCUCGGCCGCCUGGCUAAGGCCUACUACUUCCUCAGGAAAAGGGAAGCACGGCGGCUUUUUCUUACAAUGAAAGUCAACCUCCAGUUUUACUACAUCCCUGUUUGCAGGGCCGCCACAACUCCCAUCUCCUCUAUCAAGGAAAACCUCAGUCAAUCCAAGGAGAAUCUUUGCACUCUUGGUUCCUACCUGAGCAUAGUGGACCCGUGGUACAACUCUAACAUCAAGAGUUUAGGCUGCAUGAUCCCCAAACUGGCUAAGCUGCAACAGAUGAGCCCAGGGAGGCCAAAAGAGCCCUUCGUGUCUGAUGUCAUUUCCUACUACGUUCGUGCCGGCCGGCAGCCUGUCUACUUCACCAUCUACUUUGUUAAGAUCACAUUCACCAGCAUGACAAAGGAUCCUGUGGAGGAUGUGUUUCUCACCCAUCUAGAAAUGGAGUUUCCCGAGUUCAGACAGAUCUCAGCGUCAAUUAGAGAUAAACCAAAGAAGAGCUCAGCGGAGGUAUGCGGAGCUGUUGUCUCGAUGAAUUACAGAAAGAUGACAUUAAGUGGACGAGACGUUGACAAAGGAAUCUCAGUCAGGACAUCGGGAGCCCAGAUCAAUGCUAUUCCCUCCAAUGAAGCAGAAGAUCUGAACUGUUUGACACUGACUCUGAAUGAAUCUCCAACAAAGACCAAAAACAACACUGUGGAGUCAAAGAUUCGGACCAGCAACAUUAAGAUUCGCACUUUGGAGAGUCGCUCCUUCACUGUUACACUGGACAGAGACUGUCGCAGGACCUACAAAAAUGUGCAGAGCAUCGAGAUCUCCCCAUGCCUUGAUCCGGGAUACUGCGUCCAGAAAACCAUAAGGUCCAAAUUCAAGCUGGGAGAGGACAAAGAUGCUGGACUGAGCAAAUACAUGAACAAAGGACUUCCUCUACCAAUCAACACAUUUGCUGGCAUCAUCACUUGACAUGGUGGAGUAAGCCCAACGAGAAACUUGAGAAUGGAGACCACCCGGACUUUGUUUUGAUAGCAGGAAUGGUUGUUGCUUCUGUAAAAAAAACAAAAAAAACAAGUCCAGUCUGACACAUGAAAAGACAAAAGGAAUAACCCUUGAGUCAUACGGAGCUGCUCCUGAAACCAAAGUGUUUCAUUUCUGUCAGUCAGGGCCAACUGGCACGAAUGCAAAAAGACUUUAAAUCAAAAGCAACUUGAGGCCAAAUGUAACACAUCGUACAGUACUAUUGUCACUUCUCACUUCUUGAAGUCAGUGGAAUAGCCUGUCUGCUUCUUUUACAGUAACAGGAAUAACAUUGAAUCACACUGUGGGGUAUGACUGAACUCCUAACAGUGUGUCACUCGUCAUGAGUGAACUAUUGUACACACCUAAUAAUGCCAAAGAACAAUUCUGCCUGUGAAACUAGAGACACGGGCAAAGAAACAUAAGUAAGCAAAGUAUGUAUCUGUACACAUCAAAGAUUCAGGACUACUGAUAUCACUUAUCAUGUGAUGUCAUAAAAAUCUGGAAAAACUGUUUCUCCAAGUCAUCGCUUGGUGAGGCAGAUUUGAAGGGUUGAUUGUAACAGCUACUCUGCUUCAUAGACACACUACUUUUUACCACCUUAUUGACACACACACACACACACACACACACAAAACAACACAGACUCACCUGGCCUGUCAGCGAAUGAAGGAUUGUGGAAAGACCGGUACGAUGACGGCUGACAGUUAAAUGUUGCCUUCGUCUUAGCUGAAUCAUUCAAAUAACGUGUUAUUCCCAUACAAAUUACAAGUUGUUACGAAGGUGAACGUGAUUGACAUUUGCCUUGGGUUUAGUUUUUGGAAACAUUCUUGACAUUUUUCACAACUACACUAUGCUCAGUGCUGAAGCUACAUCCGCGUGUCAAGAAUUACUACAGAACAGAAGCAGUUUUUGUGCUUUACUGUAUUAGGCAGACACGGGGAUUAUGCACAGCCUUAGCUACAUAAAUUAUCUGUUGGACUUAAGACUGCUGACUUCAGGCCACUGUCUGCUACCCAGACAUGGAACAUUCUGUUUCACUCUUGACAGUGUACAGGAAGGAGAGCAAAAUAUAGGGGGAGACUCUCAAAGUGAAACCCGCACACAUGCUAGUAAAUGUCUCAAGGUGUGAGAAUCACCUCUGACCAUGUGUUCGAUGAUGCAUCAGUGUGCUACCUUGCAUCUAUUUGCACUUCAACAGCAGGUUUGUUCUCUAUUAUUCAGCAACAGUGUGUAAAGCAAAUACCCUCUGGCUCCUAACUCGUCAAAUAUGGCAGAUUGGUCUUCAAAAUUUGAUGCUCUGUGUACUGCUGUAGCGUCAGUUUUGAACAUGACAGUCUUCAGAGGAAAUAGUAGUUUUGCAGUUAAAUCUACAUUAGCUUAAGGCAGCUAAAAUACUAAUAAGGAUUAUGGUCUGGGUUGAAAUAACUACAUUUGAUACAAUAGCUUAAGAAGUUUGUGGCAUUAUUACUGCCAUGUGAUGUAUGCCGAUAACUAUGUUACGUGGUUAAAAAAAACUCAAGUAGACUUUUGGUUUCACAUGGGGCACAAGCACUCAUCUCCUGAGUGUAAGUCCUGUGUGUGUGACCCAUCCACCUCCCCUCCCUCCCAGUCUUCUCUGAGUUUCUCGCUCUUUCUGUUAAUGCUAUUGCUGGGGACAGGAUCACAUCGGAGUUAACUGAAAGCCUGGUGUGUCUCACAGAGAUGCUGUGGGGUGUCUUGAGUAUCGGUAACAGAAGCCAAGGGCCACUGACCAGGCUGCCUUAUUCAGAUACUCUGGGAAUGACAACGGGUCGGUUAAGCUUAAUAAGACAACAUGUGUAAUUAUGUCAUUACUUUUCAUGUCAUAAAGACAUGACAAGUUAUUAGAGGGCCAUUCAAGACACGACACAACUAUUUGACUAAGCUGUUAUUCAUAAAAAUGAUAAAGCUGUUGUUUUUGCUUCAGAAUGAUUAGAUUACACACUCAAGAAUGGCUCAGAAGCCUAUUGAUGCAUCUCCACAGGUAUGAUCUCAGGCAGUAAAGGUCAACAGCCUCAGGAACUGGAAGUGAUGUGUUAUACUGGCAGGGUAAAUUCAUGAGUUUGGAAUUCAUGAUGCAUUUUGCACAUUAUUUUUUCACCUAAUGACAUAUGUAAAGAGGAUGCCAUUAAAAUCAAAAUGUCAUUGUGUAAAUAAAUGAUUUUGUUUUUGUAAA